AUGUCGCGACUAUGGGAUCAGCGAAAUAACCCGAUAAUGUAUAUAUGUGGAUAUUACACACUUUUUGUUGUAAUAACCAUAGUUGUACUAUUUGGCAUAUAUUGUGGUGUUACAUAUUGGCAAAACUGUAAGGACAUAUUGAUGCCGGAAGAGCGAUACCAGGAUUCACCGGCAGAAACACAGAUUUCUAUUGAUAAACAUAUGAUGAUGUUAGAUGAGCGAGAUUUGUACCCCGAUAUUACUUCAAGAAUUGGUUUUGAUCUUGGAAAUCGUGGAUUGACCCGAUAUCCGGACUUGGUUCAGCUUCUCAAGUAUAAUAAUCGAGAGCAGUCGCAAACAACCGUCGGACGAGAUUCGACUAGACUUUAUAUUUGA